UGCUGCUUGUUCACUGCUCUUGCCUGCGGUGACAGACAAAUAAUCGUCUUUAAAAAUUCGUUCGGAGCGGUUCGUAGUAGUUGUGUUUUUUGGUUUAAAAAAAAAUUGAUUAAACAAAAUGUUGCGAAUUUUCAAGACUGCUAUUGUUGGUCAAUUUUCAAAGAAAAUUGGAGCAGCUUCAUAUUCUGCAUCUGCACUUGCUCAACCAAAUCCCAAUCCAGAAGUAUUGUAUACAGGAAUUUUCAUUAACAAUGAAUGGCACAAGAGUAAAUCUGGAAAAACAUUUCCAACAAUCAAUCCAUCAACCGAAAAAACAAUUGCUGAAAUUCAAGAAGGUGGUAAGGACGAUAUAGAACUUGCCAUUAAAGCUGCACGUAAUGCUUUCGAAAUGGGUUCUCCAUGGCGACGAAUGGAUGCUUCGGGGAGAGGCGAACUCUUAUAUCGUCUGGCUAGUCUAAUGGAAAGAGAUCAAGCUUAUUUAGCAAGUUUGGAAACAUUGGAUAACGGAAAACCAUACACAAUGUCAUACAACGUGGAUCUUCCUAUGUCUAUCAGAAACCUACGUUAUUUCGCCGGAUGGGCAGACAAAAACCAUGGCAAAACUAUCCCAAUGGAUGGUCCAUACUUUAAUUACACUCGCCACGAACCCGUUGGAGUUUGUGCACAAAUCAUUCCAUGGAAUUUCCCCAUUUUAAUGAUGGCAUGGAAGCUGGGACCUGCUCUAGCCACCGGGAAUACUAUUAUUUUAAAACCGGCCGAACAGACGAGUUUAACUGCUCUUUAUAUUGCUCAGUUGAUUAAGGAAGCCGGAUUUCCCGAAGGUGUUGUAAAUGUAGUUCCUGGCAAAGGCCAAACCGGUGCCAUAUUAUCCAAUCACUUAGAUGUAGACAAAGUUGCUUUUACUGGAUCCACUGAAGUCGGUAAAUUGAUACAGCAAGCAUCGGCUCAGUCAAAUCUGAAACGAGUUACACUUGAGCUUGGAGGAAAGAGCCCAAAUAUUAUUUUAGCUGACAGCGAUAUGGAUUACGCCGUCGAAACAUCUCAUUUUGGAUUAUUCUUCAAUAUGGGUCAAUGUUGCUGUGCAGGUUCAAGAACAUUUGUAGAGGACAAGAUUUAUGAUGAAUUUGUCGAACGUAGUGCUGAACGUGCCAAGAAGCGUACUGUUGGUAAUCCUUUCGAUGCAAACAACGAACAAGGCCCUCAAAUUGAUGACCAACAAAUGAAGAAAAUUCUAGGACUAAUUGAUACCGGCAAAAAACAGGGUGCCAAACUGGUUGCUGGAGGCCAGCGUUAUAAAGAUUUGCCUGGAUACUUUGUGGAACCAACUGUUUUUGCUGAUGUAAAAGACGACAUGACAAUUGCCAAAGAAGAAAUAUUCGGACCCGUUCAGCAGUUGAUUCGUUUCAAGAAUCUUGAUGAAGUGAUUAAGCGCGCAAAUGCUUCAGAAUAUGGUUUAGCUGCUGCUGUGUUUACUAAGAAUAUUGAUAAGGCUAAUUACUUGGUACAAGGAUUGCGAGCAGGUACUGUUUGGGUCAACACUUACAAUGCACUGGCUGCACAGUCGCCUUUCGGCGGUUAUAAGAUGUCAGGCCAUGGACGUGAAAAUGGCGAGUAUGCACUUCAAAAUUACACUGAAGUUAAGAGCGUUAUUGUUAAAAUAAAUGAGAAGAGUUCAUAAAUGAAAUAAAUGUCUGAAAUUAAUAAUUAAAUAUAUAAUAUAUAUUUUUUUAAAUAAAACCCCUAAGUCAUGUAACUAUCCUAAA